AUUACAAUGACUACACCAAAUAAAGCACUAGAACUACAGCUGCAAAUGAAGCAAAAUGCUGAAGAGCUGCAGGAUUUUAUGAGAGAAUUGGAGAGCUGGGAAAAAGAUAUUAAAGAAGUGGAUUCUGAACUAAGGAAACAGAGUGGUGUCCCAGAAGAGAAUUUGCCACCAAUUCGAAACAAGGCUUUCAAGAAAAAGAAGAAAAGCAAAAGUAAAGUCCCUUCAAAGAUAACCACAGAGGAAAACAAGAAAAACAAGAUCAAGUCUUAUGAUUAUGAAGCAUGGGGAAAACUUGAUGUGGAUAAAAUACUUGAAGAACUUGAUAAAGAAGAUAGUACCCAUGAUUCCGUAUCUCCAGAAUCAGACUCUGAGGAAGAUGGAAUCCGUAUAGAUGCAGAAAAAGCUCUUGCAGAGAAGGAAAAGGGUAAUAAGUUCUUUAAACAAGGGAACUUUGAUGAAGCUAUAAAAUGUUAUACCAGAGGGAUGCAUUCUGAUCCAUACAAUCCAGUAUUACCCACAAACAGAGCAUCGGCUUUUUAUAGAAUGAAAAAGUUUUCAGUUGCAGAAUCUGACUGCAAUUUAGCUCUUGCUUUAGAUAAAAAUUACACAAAGGCUUAUGCCAGAAGAGGAGCUGCUCGUUUUGCUUUGAAAAAUCUUCAAGGUGCUAAAGAAGAUUAUGAAAAAGUUUUAGAGCUGGAUGCAAACAACUUUGAAGCAAAAACUGAACUGAAGAAAAUUGAUCAGGCUCUGUCAUCAAAAGAAAGUUCAGAACACAGAGGGUCUGAAGGUGCAGUCAGACCAGAAUUAACAGACGAAGAGAAGCGUAUUGAAGACCAGCAGCUCAAGCAGAAGGCUAUUACAGAAAAAGAUCUGGGUAAUGGUUAUUUUAAAGAAGGAAAGUAUGAUAUUGCAAUUGAAUGUUACACCCGUGGUAUAGCAGCAGAUGGCACCAAUGCGCUUCUUCCAGCGAACAGAGCCAUGGCCUAUCUGAAGCUUGAAAAAUAUGAAGAGGCAGAAAAUGACUGUACACAAGCUCUGCUCUUAGAUGCCUCCUAUUCUAAAGCCUUUGCCAGAAGAGGAGCUGCCAGAGUUGCUCUUGGAAAGGUGAAAGAAGCUAUACAAGAUUUUGAAGCUGUUCUGAAGCUGGAACCUGGAAAUAAACAAGCGAUAAAUGAACUCACUAAAAUAAGGAAUGAUUUAGCUGAGAAAGAAGAGCAAACCCAUCAAAAAUAUCCUGCAGUGUUGAUUAAAGAAACGGAAAUAAAAGAUAUAGUGAAAGUGAUUGAUAAUCCAUUACAGCUGAAAUCAACAAAACCUUUGCAAAGAAUACCCAUUGAAGAAAUUGAUGAUGAGACACCAGAUAGUGAUUUGCCCAUCACUACUUCUUCAGCCAGUAGCUGGAGGAAUUCAAUGAGUGUUGAAACAACAGAGAAUCUAGAUCAGGAUGAUCAGUUGACUACAAUGGACAUUCCUAAAGCAAAGCACUUGAAAAUAGAAGAAGUCAGUGAUACGACACCAUUACAGCUUCCUGCUAUUGUAAAAGGAAUUUCAUCAAUGUCACAUCCAACUUUUCCUGUCAACAAACAAAGAGAAGAAGUCACAAAUUCAUCUAGUUUUUCAGUCCCUGCCAUUCCUGCAAAUUCUUUCCAACUUGAGGCUGACUUCAGGAAGUUGAAAGACUGCCCGGAAAAUAUGUACUUGUACCUGAAGCAAAUAGAGCCUUCGCUUUAUCCAAAACUGUUCCAGAAAUCCUUGGAUCCAGACUUGUUUAACCAGAUACUGAAAAUUCUACAUGAUUUCUACAUUGAGAAAGAAGAGCCAUCACUCAUCCUGGAAAUCCUCCAGAGGCUGUCUGAAUUACAAAGAUUUGAUAUGGCAGUAAUGUUUAUGUCAGGCUCAGAGAAAAAAAUUGCACAGGUACUGUUCAAUCAUGUGAACCACAUGGGAUUGAAAGAUAAUUCUGUUGAAGAAUUGAAGAAGAAAUACGGCAUUUUCUGUUAA